CAUGCAUUUCAGUCGUUUCGCGCAAUAUAGAGCGAUUUUUGUGAAAUUGCAUAAUUAUAAAUUUUGUUUUAAAAUAAGAUCUAUAAUUAUUCUAUUCCAUAUAAAGUGAAUUUCCACAAGGAAAUUUUUACGAAAUCCACUCUUCCCCCCUUCCCCAUGCUAAGAAACAAAACGAGGUCUAUAAUUGUUCGAUGAGUUUACGACUUUUCACAUAAACCGAGUUUCCACAAGAGUUUUGCGAAAUCCUUUCUAUCAUAAAACCCUUGUGGAAACUCACUUUAAAAAACGCGUCGUUGACGCGUUGAUGAGCCUAAUUUCAUCAAGAUCGGGGACAUAACAUAGCGUAUUAAAAUGAAUUCGGAGGUCGAUAGUUCAAGUAAUGUCCAAUUUGACCAGAGUCGUAGCGAAGAGAACCGAGAUUUGCAAGAAGAAAUUGAUGAUACUUCGCACGGUGAUGAGGAACAACGAGAAAAAUUAUUGCGACUACCCAUGGGAAGAAUAAAAACUAUUAUAAAAAUGGAUCCUGAAGUUUCUUUGGUUAAUCAAGAGGCUGUGUUUUUAAUAUCAAAAUCAGUGGAAUAUUUCAUCGAGUCUCUUGCAAAAGAAGCCUACAGAUAUACUAUACAAACGAAAAAAAGAACUGUUCAAAAACGUGAUGUGGAAAGCGCUAUUGAUAAUGUAGAUGCUCUUGUAUUUUUAGAAGGUGCACUCGAUUGAAUAUAGUUAAAUAGUAGUGCUUGUAUUAUCAUAGAAUUGAACAAAUUAUAUUGGACAAAAUUUUUGUACUGGUAAAGUGAUAGUUAUGUAGCAUUUUUGCAUUUACUUUAACAUUAGAUGCUACUGACUUUGAGAAAUGAAUUUUUA